GGGGGGGGAAGGAGGUGUCAGUCGGUCAGUCUGAGGGGAGAUGGCUCGGGUCCGCGGCGGCUGUGCUUAAUGGCCGGGGGGGAUAUUUGCUCUCGGCAGGGCGCGGGGCGGGCAGCCGGAGGUGACACCCGCUCCUUCCCUCCCCGGCUCGACCGGGAGCGGCCAGGGCGGGGACCCGGUGGGGGUGGGUUUGCAGACUGAAAUCAUCGGUCAGCUUUCUAACUCGACCAGAUCGACCAAAUCUUGCUUAUCAUAAACUGAAAGGCAGGAAUCCAGGGAUUAUUUUCCUUCCAGGCUUUAAUUCAAAUAUGAAUGGUCAGAAAGCAACUGCCCUUGAAGAUUUCUGCAACUCUCUAGGUCAUGCCUUCAUAAGAUUUGAUUAUACAGGAUGUGGAAGUUCAGAUGGUAAAUUUGAGGAGUGUACAAUUGGGAAGUGGAGAAAAGAUGUUCUGUCUAUACUGGAUGAACUUACAGAUGGACCACAGAUUCUGGUGGGCUCCAGCUUGGGUGGAUGGCUGAUGUUUCAUGCUGCAAUAGCACGCCCAGAUAGAGUAGCUGCUCUGGUUGGAGUAGCUGUAGCAGCAGACCAUGUUGUAACAACUUUUAAGAAACUUCCCAUUGAGGCACAAAAAGAAAUAGAAGAAAAAGGUGAAUGGAAAUUUCCAACAAAGUAUAAUGAGGAAGGAUACUACUCCUUGACAUAUGACUUUAUCAGAGAAGCAGAAAAUCACUGUGUGUUAAAUAGUCCUAUUCCUAUAACAUGUCCCAUACGACUCAUUCAUGGCAUGAAGGAUGGUGAUGUCCCUUGGCAGAUCUCUAUGCAAGUUGCUGAUCGUGUUCUGAGCAAAGAUGUGGAUGUUAUCCUCCGCAAAAUUGGCCAACAUCGGAUGAGUGAGAAGGAGGAUACAAAGCUUCUUGUGAAUACUGUUGAUGAUUUAAUUGACAAGCUGGCAACACUAGCAUAAGCUGCAGAGUAGCAUAGGUGCAAGAACUCUACACCUGACUCUUUUCCAUGAGUAGCAGAAACCCUGUUCUUAACAAGGUGAUGCCAGGCCUGUGACUAUCACUGUAGGAACUGAGCUUUAUCUGCUGUUUCCUUACCUCUGUUUCAUAAAGACAGGUACUUUAUUAAUGCUGCAUUUGCACAGACAGUCCAAAAUGUGAAGGAGUGCUGCUGUUGUGUUCAGAACCUCUCCUUCACCACUUAAACCUUUUUUCACAGGCUUCCUACACUUUUGUACUGAAAUGUUGAUUCAUUUUUAUUACUAUUGUCCUAUAUGGUAAAACCUCAGUUUCCCAUAUCUUUGACACUUCUCAGUAUUGUCAUUUUGCUGUAGCAUUCUUGUAUCUUAUGUCUGAAACGAUCUGUGUAGGGCAAAAUACAACUUAAGUGUUUACUAAAGUUACUGUUACCAAAAAUAGUGAAUAACAUGAAGCAUAAUAAACAGAUUUCAGAUAAAUUACUGUAUUGUUCUUAAGUACUGUUACAGUUGAAAAGUGGAAGGCACACCCUGAUGGUGUGCUCGAGGUACUGCAUAAGGAAGAAAACUUCUAAACAUAGGGCCUCAAAGUGCAGAUGGAGCUCUCUUAUCUAUGCUUACCAGUAGGGUUUAUGCCCUCUUCUGCAGGCUGUCUUUUUGUAAUAGUUAAUUUGCGGGUCUACUAUUAAGGGAACACUAUAUAGUCUUGGAGUAUAAGAGUUAUGCCUAUAAACAUUCAGUUUAACUGUGAUACUUCAGACAGGGAAAAGUCGUGAACUAUAGCUCUGUAUUUCUCUUGAAAGAACUGCAUUGUAUUCAUUCAAAGUUUCACCUUAGCCUUUAUUAAAUAAUUGAUAUUUUA